CAGUAGCGCAGCACGUUGAAACGCUCAUGCUCGGUUUAGCUCAGCGUCUAGUGGCUUUAUUCUGACUUCACAGUUUACACCGACACAAUCCGUUAUGAACACCACCGUAUGAAUACGAAGAUGGGCAGCAUAAAUACACCUAACGAGUUUAUAACUCAGCACCUCUAAGUAGCCACACUUCAUUUGUUAUAUGUAAUGUUUACAAUGUACAGCAAAAGGAUUUCCGCUACUACAGGUAUAUAUGUAACGGCUGCACUUCUUCAGCUCUUCGGUCGCAGCAUGGCCUCUGAAUCCGUAACGCGCUUUGAUUUUCUAGUGAUUGGCGGGGGAUCCGGAGGGCUGGCCGGCGCGCGGCGGGCGGCUGAACUCGGUGCCACUGCAGCCGUGAUCGAAAGUAACAAACUCGGAGGUACCUGCGUGAAUGUUGGUUGUGUUCCUAAAAAGGUUAUGUGGAACACAUCCACCCAUGCAGAGUAUCUCCAUGAUCAUGAAGACUAUGGAUUUGAGGGAGCAAAAGCACAUUUCAACUGGCAACUCAUUAAACGCAAAAGGGAUGCUUACGUUAGUCGCCUGAAUCAGAUUUACCGGAACAACCUUGACAAGGGCAAAAUUGAGUCCAUUCAUGGCUAUGCAAGGUUCACAGAUGAUCCUGAACCUACUGUUGAAGUUAAUGGAAAGAAAUUCACAGCUCCUCAUAUCUUAAUCGCCACUGGCGGCCACCCAUCCACUGUCAGUGAGGAUGAUGUUCCAGGAGCCAGUUUAGGCAUUACCAGCGAUGGAUUCUUUGAACUUGAGUCUUGCCCUAAACGUAGUGUGAUAGUUGGGGCAGGAUAUAUUGCUGUGGAGAUGGCUGGUAUCCUUUCCACUCUUGGGUCCAAAACAUCCAUCAUCAUACGACAAGGAGGGGUACUGAGAAACUUCGAUGCCUUGAUAAGCUCAAAUUGCACCAAAGAAUUGCAAAAUCAUGGUAUUGACUUACGGAAAAAUAGUCAGGUUAAGUCAGUGCAGAAGACUGACAAAGGCCUUUCUGUUAAGCUGGUGACAAAAGACCCUGAUGACAAAGAUGCACAGGAGAAGUGCGACACCAUCCAUGAGGUGGACUGUCUGCUCUGGGCUAUUGGCAGGGAACCCAACACCGCUGGCCUCAAUCUCAGUUCAAUAGGUGUGAAGCUUGAUGAAAGGGGACAUAUCGUGGUGGAUGAGUUCCAGAACACCACUCGUGCAGGUGUCUAUGCAGUUGGGGAUGUUUGUGGGAGAGCUCUUCUUACACCUGUUGCUAUUGCUGCUGGCAGAAAGCUUGCUCACCGGCUGUUUGAGGGCAAAGCAGACUCCAAAAUUAAUUAUAAUAACAUCCCUACUGUUGUGUUCAGCCACCCACCUAUUGGCACAGUGGGACUAACUGAAGAUGAAGCAAUCAAGACCUGGGGAAAAGACAGUGUGAAGGUUUAUACCACUUCUUUCACCCCCAUGUAUUAUGCCAUCACCACUCGAAAGAGUCAGUGCAUCAUGAAGUUGGUGUGUGCUGGCAAAAAUGAGAAGGUGGUUGGUCUCCAUAUGCAGGGUUUUGGCUGUGAUGAGAUGCUUCAGGGUUUUGCUGUGGCCGUGAACAUGGGAGCUACUAAAGAAGACUUUGACCGAACCAUUGCCAUCCACCCGACGUCCUCAGAGGAGCUAGUAACACUUCGCUAAUCAAGUGUUCAUAUCCCAACAUGACAGCUUCGUUCCAAUCUAAAUAACAGCAAAAAAACAUUUCUUUGACUAUUCUCCCCAACGUUAAUAUUUUGUAAUGAUAAGAAGUAUAUAUUUGGUUUGUUAUAUCUCUGGGGUCAUGUAUUAUUGCCAGUGAUUAAGAAAGACACAUUACAACCGUUCAUCAGGCUGUGUCUCUUGUACAUUGCAUUGUUGUACCCCACCGCUCCGAUUUUUCACGGGUAUUAUUGUUUGAUUGGAAUAGGGUCAGAUGAAGGCUUGAUGAUUUAUGACAGCUAAAAGUACAUUUUAAUCUGUUUAUAGUCAAACUGUUGCUUUACCUUUACAUUUUUGGAAAGUAGGAUUCAGAGAGUUACUUUCAGUAGUAGUUGCUGGUAAGUAGUGCUUACUAAAUAUAUGUAAAAUAAAAUUGUGGAUAUGCACAGUUCAGCACUUGCGCAUAGACCAUGUAUACAUUUAUAAAAUACAUGUGUCUUUGUGUGGUUGAUCUUUUGUUAAUUUCUGUAUUGACAUUGUCAAUAUACUUUUAAUAAACCUGUCACUUUUCAUAAAAACUUAUACUGACAUUGUCAAUUCUUCAAAGGCUUAAAGUGAGUUGCAUUUAUAAGAGGCACUAGGCUAGUGAAGUUAAAGCAUCUCUUUGGAAUCAUUAAUAUGCAAAGAUAUUGAACAUUUGACACUAUGAUUACAAAAUUCUAGUGUUGGUAUUAGCAAAUAUUUUCUUGCUUAACAUUUACUCAGCUGCUUUCAUUUAACAUUGUUUCACUCAGAAAUUGAGGAAUUUCAGUCACUUUUAAUCUGCAUCUUUAUCUAUAGGUGUUUAAAUAAAAGGAGAUUGAGGAUUUAUAUCAAUAUGUUUGGCUGUCGGCUAAGUUUGGUUUCUAAAUACCAUCUUUUUAUGAGAUGAGGUGGGAUUCAAAUGCUGUAUUAAUCAGCCGAUAUUCUGAGAGGCUUUAGGAGAAAUUUCCACCCAUUUUGAGUACAUUUCAUUUGCAAUAAAGUUCUCAUUCACAUAGCCAACAUAGCACAUUGAAAAGCUCAUAUUAACCUACCUAGUUGUGUGCUUGUCAUGUUACUUUUACAAGUUAUAUCUAUACUACCAGCCAAAAGUCUGGGAUUAGAAAAACUUUUGAAAGGUGUCUCGUACUCAACUUGGCUGUGAAAGAAUUCAUCUUAAAAUAACUUUUCUAAUACAGAAUUUAAAAUGUUUUAUUCUACUGGCAGCAAAGACAGCAAACAUUACUGCAAAAAUCAUUUUAAUGCGGUAGCUUUCAAUCCUGGUACUGGGGACCCACUGCUCUGCACAUUUUGUAAGUCUCCCUUAUUUAAAACACACCUGCUCCAUGAACUCAGCUGAGUGUCAGAUAAUGGAGACAUAAAAUGUGCAGAGCAGUGGGUCCCCAGAAACAGGAUUGAAAAACACUGUUCUAACACACCGAUUUGGUGAACUCAGAAUAAUCAAGAUAUUUAUAUAUAUAAAAAAUAAAAAAAACACAACUCCGGAUUCCUUGAUUGCACGUAUAUUGUUUCCUAAUUCCUACACAGUGCAUAUCUGUGAUUAAAUAGUAACCAAAAAAAAAAAAAAAAAAAAAAAAGAAAAUGAAAAGAAAAAUG